AUGUCAAGUCCGACAUCAUCACCACCCAAGGCGGCAUCGCAACAGACGCCAGCGCAAACUCCUUCAAGAACUCCUCGCAGGGCAAUCAGCGCUGAGCCUUAUUCUGCUCGCGCAUCCGUCCACACUCCUCUAGAUCGUACUGGCACCCGUGAUUUCCGGGCCUCUCUUCGUCGAGGCACUCCUGCCUCUGCUGGCCGAUCCAAUGCGCCAACUCCCCACGCCAAAGCCGCCCGAAGGCUGCUCGACCAACGCCGAACAGCAAUGUUUACUCCUGGAAAAAAUCGCAGGCAAAGCAUGAUGCAACAGAGAGAAACACCCUUGGAUAUUCUGCGACAUCUCGGUCGAGCACUUGCACCCAAAAGCCAACCGAUUCAAUAUUCUUCUUCUUCAUCUCCUGGUAUACGAAAAAGUUCAUCGCCGGCACAGCAGGGGCAAAGCAACCUUUACGACAACGAAGACGAUGAUGACGAUGAUGAAUUUCUUACUCGACGUCCAAGACUUUCGUUGCCACUGGAUGAAGAUGCUUCUAGUAUGAGCUCAGAAAUUCCACCACCACGAUUGUCACAGUUGGAUGAAGAUAAUUUCACAGUUCAAUCAAUUGAAAUGCCUCGACGAUACGCGGACAAUUCUCGGCUAUCUCGAGGCAGCCCAGGAAGUGAGCGCAUAAGUGACUAUUUCAACGAGCCUACAGAAGAUAUUGGUCAACAGUCAGACUUUUUUCCUGGGUUUCUGGAAAACCUCGAUGCAAGAACUGGUGAAGAUGUCUCUUUGAACGCAUUCGAAGCAGACCAAACCCGGCGGAUGACAGAGGGUAGAGGAAGUGACUUUAAUCUGGAUAUGCCAGAGGGUUUGGAUGAUCAAACAGUCUUUCAAAUGUCUGACCCAGCUGAUGGUUUACAACAAACGUCUCCCAUUGUUGAUCAAUCAAUCGCAGAAGCCAGAGGCGAUGACGCUCGUGAUCCGCAACAAAAUGUCGUAUUUGGUUCCGACUCUGAUGGUGGAGCAGACUUUGGCAUGGAUGGUUGGGACUAUGAGGGUGGUAUGGACGAUCACAGCUCAAUAAACGAACUAGAACCAGCUAUGGAACCGACCAUUACAACCACAACACAUCUACCGGCUGAAGACAGGCUGCCUCGUGGAUUGAAAGCAAACAAAAAGCGAAAACGAAUCUCACAACAUGGCAUUGAAUAUCCAUCACUCCCCCCAGCUUUUGUAAAGAGGGUGGCACAGACAGCUCUUCAAUCGUCAGGUCUAAGCAACCAGCGUCUUUCAGCAGAGACGCUAGAUGCUCUUAUUCAAUCUUCAGAAUGGUUCUUUGAACAAUUGGGCGAUGAUCUAGGAGCGUACGCAGAUCACGCCAAGCGCAAGACUAUUGAAGAGAGCGACGUCUUGACACUCAUGAAAAGGCAACGCCAGAUUGGACCUCGUUCUUCCAUGUUCUCUCUAGCGCAGAAGCACCUCCCAAGAGAACUCCUCCAGGAGCUGAGAAUGCCGGUGCCACAACCCAUCAAACAACGCAAGGCAAAGCGUGUGUCGGAUCAAGGUGACGAAAGAGAAGUGGCAGAAUAUACAUGA